AUGACAAGCUGGUUUACAUCGUCGUCCCCGCUGGACGACCAGGUCGAGAAGGCUACCUCGUCUAGCUUGGAGGAUAUCGCUUUGAACCUGGAGAUUUCAGAUCUGAUUCGGUCCAAGACGGUGCAGCCUAAGGAGGCUAUGAAGGUGCUGAAGCGCAGGCUGGAGACGAAGAACCCUAACGUUCAGCUUGCCACGCUUAAGUUGACCGAUACCUGUGUGAAGAAUGGCGGUCGGCAUUUUCUCGUCGAGAUCGCAUCCCGGGAAUUCAUGGAUAACCUCGUAUCUUUACUCAAAACCGAGGGCCCAAAUGCGCUGAAUUACGAUGUCAAGGCCAAGAUGCUAGAGCUCAUACAGAACUGGGCCAUGGCCGCUCAGCCCAGGAACGACCUAUCCUAUAUUGCCGAAACCUACCGCAAACUACAGAACGACGGAUAUAACUUCCCACCAAAGACCGAGAUAGCAAGCACAAUGCUGGAUAGUGAUGCUCCCCCUGAGUGGAUAGAUUCUGAUGUCUGCAUGCGGUGUCGCACUGCAUUUACAUUUACAAAUCGCAAACACCACUGUCGCAACUGCGGGAAUGUGUUCGAUGCUCAAUGUUCAAGCAAGACCCUGCCACUACCGCAUCUCGGGAUAAUUCAACCCGUCCGGGUGGAUGAUGGCUGUUAUGCUAAACUUACAUCAAAAUCCACCACCGCAGCCGUACGCUCGUUCAGUAACUCGUCAAGCUCGCCAGCGGUCCCUGCGAAUAAGCCCCGUAUGGAACCUCGGAGUGCAUAUGCUGAUAACGAUUUUGACGAGGAUUUGAAACGGGCACUACAGAUGAGUCUCGAGGACUCAAAGGGCCGGCAGUCCUCUGGUUAUGUUCCACAACCUAAAUCAACAUACGCUCCUCCCAAGGUGCAAGUUAGCGCCCCGAAACAUGAUGACGAAGAAGAUGCAGACCUCAAGGCUGCUAUUGAAGCGUCGUUAAAGGAUGUGGAGGAGCAGAAGCGGAAACACACUGCUGCCCUGAAGAGCUCUGCUUUCAGCGACAAACCAGCAGCCACUCAACCUUCUGCGGUAUUACCGAAAAAGGAUUAUGAGCUGACUCCUGUUGAAGCUGAAAAUAUAAACUUGUUGGCCACGCUUGUAGACCGACUGCAACACCAACCUCCAGGGACUAUUCUCCGAGAACCCCAAAUUCAGGAAUUAUACGAAAGUAUUGGUGCUCUACGGCCUAAGCUCGCUCGAACAUAUGGUGAAACGGUCAGCAAAUAUGAUACACUUCUUGAUCUCCAUGCUAAGCUGUCAACGGUCGUACGAUAUUACGACCGCAUGUUGGAAGAACGACUCUCAAAUACCUACUCUCGCCAGACUUUGAAUGCAUAUGAUAAUGUUCGCCCCCAGUCGGGUUCCAACUUCUACCCAUCUAUGGCACAACAUAACACUGGCGGCCACGAAGGCGCCGAAAACUUUUACCUUGGAACCGGAGCACCUCCUGAACCUCAUCAGUCGGCAUAUCCCCAGUACCCAAAUAACUACUCACAACCGCCGCCACAACAAGCACACGAAUACCAAGGACAGGCACCUUCGUCCAUUUCCUCUUUUGACCGGAGGGCGUCCACCCACGGUAGCCUGCACUCUCAGCCCAGAAAUUCUGAACAAUUCCCCCGACCGCCUCAACAGCCCUCUUAUCCAUACGCCCCUCAAGAUCUUCCACAAUCUUCACCACACGGAACAGAGUCCGUCUCCCCGCCACAGCACAUAACGCAGCAGUAUCCCCCUACCCAGUACCCACCACCAUCCGCAACCCCUCACCAAACUGUUUACACCCCUCCUGUCCCGACGAGUGGACAACAUCCCAAUUAUAACUACAUGUCACCCGCCCUACAACCUCCACUACAACAGCAGCAGCAACAGCAGCCGCAGCCACACAUGCAACCGCAACCGCAACCGCAACAACAGGCGCCUCCAAAACCACUUGUUGAGGAAAGCCUAAUCGAACUUUAA